CUGAUUCCCUAUCUAAAAUCAAUAAGUUCGACGUUGUAACAGAAUAAAUAAAGAAAAGUUAAAUGUAAAAUAUGAUUUUCAUAAUUUGUUGUCUGUAGUGGCUUAUGUCACAAGAUUUCUACAACAGCACAAGGUAAGGUGUACCCAAGAGAGACAAACAAUAAAAGAGAAAUAUUUAAGCUUCCUUUUCGUAAUAGAUAACACUUCAGUGCGACACAGUUUUUGUAGCUUAUUGCAUGUUUGUCCUUGGGGUAACUUACCAUGAUAUCGCUAAGGCAACGAGGCUGCUUCAUCAAUAUUGUUCAUACACAAAAUUUUAAAGUUGUUUUGCUACUGUCCAUAUUACAUAAUACAUAGAAAACAGAGAACAAAAUAUAAUAAGAAGGUUGUCCUAUUGUUAUGCGAGUAAACAAGCAAUAUGGGUAAUACUGAAAGUAACGUUACUAGUGGUGUGAAGAAGCAAGCUGGGACUUCAGAUCAGAAACUUUAUAAGUUUAUCGACAUAAAGGGUUCUGGACUCCUUGUCGAUAUGAUGAAACGAGCGGUACAAAACAAGCAAUAUGCGGAGAUCGACCACGCCAUUAAAACUAAAGUUGAGCCCUUUCUUUACAAUAAAGGAAAAGGCCGGUACAUACCUAUAUCACAUUUGGUCCUGCUCAGAAACAAGGAAAGGCCUAGGCAUAAACUGCUGCCUCCUCUAAGAGGGAUGGAGAACCCAGACGAGGAAUUCGAUAUAGAAAAAGAUUGGCCUGUAGUCACCCAGGAAGAAUAUGAUGCUAAUCCAUCCGCAUACAGGGAGCUCUGCUGGGACCUUAAGGAACGCGGGGCAGUCGGCGAGACGAUCUUGCACUUGUGCUUACUGAAUGCCACUUCUCUGCUCGCGGAUCUGGCCAAGAGACUGCUGCGAUUCUAUCCCAAGCUUAUCAAUGAUAUUUACAUGAGCGAUGAAUAUUACGGCGAGAGUGUCCUACACAUGACGAUCGUAAACGAAGACCCCACCAUGGUGAAGUUCCUCCUGGACGCUGGCGCGGAUUACCAUGAGCGCUGCUUCGGCAACUUCAUGUGCCCCGAGGACCAGAAGGCUUCUAGAUCCGACUCGCUCGACCACGAAUGGGUCAAUGUGCAACGCGACACCAAUUAUAUAGGAUACGUAUACUGGGGCGAAUACCCACUAAGUUUCGCAGCGUGUCUUGGACAAGAGGAAUGUUACCGGCUUAUACUCGCGAGAGGUGCAGACCCUGACAAACAGGAUACUAACGGGAACACGGUCCUUCAUAUGCUUGUGAUUUAUGAGAAAACGAGCACAUUUGACAUGGCAUACGAAGUGGGAGCCUCCCUAAACAUCCGCAAUGCAUUGAACCUCACGCCCCUCACUCUCGCCGCGAAGCUUGCUCGUACGGAACUCUUCUUCCACAUAUUGAACAUCGAGCGAGAGAUCUACUGGCAGAUAGGCGCCACCACCUGCGCAGCUUACCCCUUGGGACAAGUCGACACUAUAGACACCGAAACGGGGCAGAUUAGCAAAGAUUCAGCUUUGAACUUAGUCGUUUUUGGUGAAAAAGACGAACAUUUAGAACUUCUCGAGGGUAUGCUGAUAGAUCUUCUGAAAACAAAAUGGAACUCGUUCGUAAAGUUCCGUUUCUAUAGACAGUUCAUAUUGUUCAGUUGCUACUUUUUGAUCUCCUUGGUGUGCUUCACCAUGCGACCUGGGUUCCCUGAGAGGGCGGUUAAUGCGACAGCCCUCAACUCCACAUCGGGACCCAGCAUCAACGAGACAGAAUUGGUAUUAGAUGUCGCAGAUAAUUGCACCUUGCAUCUGAACAGUACUGAUUUUGAUGCUGGUCCCGUGGAGAUGAUCAACGGGACGAAACCUGACGGCCCAAUGUGCGCAAAGUUCAAGAGCCAUACAAAAGAAAAAGAUAAACCGACAGAAGCUCCGAGGGAGACGGAUAUGGAAGGCUGGUGGGAAGACCUCACAGGCGAGUGCAGGCUGAUGGACUUCGAAUCCUGGCAGGCUAAAGUUAGAGUCACGGCUGAACUGCUGCUUUGGUUGGGGGCGCUAGCGUAUAUCGGGGCCGCUUUGCGAGAAGCCAGAUUCUUGGGGCUCAAGAUGUUCAUAGAGAACUUGAGUACGGUGCCUUCGAGAGUAAUGUUCCUGUUUUCGUGCCUACUAAUGAUUGCGAUGCCAACUUUGAGGCUUUGGUGUGCGGACGAAGCUGAGGAUCAUCUCGCAGUUAUCAUUAUGCUUACAACUGCUCCCUACUUCUUGUUCUUCUGUCGUGGAUUCAAAACUGUGGGUCCUUUCGUAGUAAUGAUAUAUCGAAUGGUGAUGGGAGAUCUUCUACGGUUUGUUUGCAUUUACCUCGUAUUCGUCAUGGGAUUUUCACAAGCUUACUACAUAAUCUUCUUAUCGUUCGACAAUCCCAAUACACCAGAGGGCGUGGAUGACUCGGUAUCGAACCCCAUGCCUUCACCCAUGGAGAGUAUAAUGGCCAUGUUCCUAAUGUCUCUUACAUCCUUUUCUGAUUACUACGGAGCCUUUGAGCGCACUGACCAUGAAAUCGAAGCGAAGCUGUUAUUCGUAGUGUACAUGAUAAUAGUGGCGAUCCUGCUAGUGAACAUGUUAAUCGCCAUGAUGGGUAACACUUAUCAGAAGAUAGCGGAGACACGUAAUGAAUGGCAAAGGCAAUGGGCUAGGAUCGUAUUGGUAGUAGAGAGAGGUGUGCCACCUGGGCAUAGACUCAAGCAACUGAUGGCGUACAGCCAACCGAUGGCUAACGGGAAGAGAGCGCUGGUACUGAGGAUAAAUCAGAAGGUAUAGUAUCUAUGGCAUUACUGGUAGUAGAGAGAGGAGUACCACCUUUUUUCGGUGGCGGGGAGCAAAAACGCAUUGCCCAUACACUCAAGCAUCUGGUGGCGUACAACCAACCGAUGGCUAACGGGAAGAGAGCGCUGGUACUGAGGAUAAAUCAGAAGGAUGAAGAUAAGGAAGAAAUGAAAGAGAUCCUAGAAAUGAAAAGGACGCACGAACGCAUUGUAGCUAAAAGAAAGCAAAGGGAAGAGGAAGUAAAAGGAAUGAAGGGUCGUCUACCACCACCACCUCCCGUUAGAGAUUAUCCUAUCCGAAAAUAAAACACGUACCAUUUUUUUUCUUAAAUGGCUUCGCACGGCUUGUGCAUUUAGUCAAUAUCAAGUGUUAAAAAUGUUUAAAAAUUCGCACUCGUGGUCAAAGUAAUAAAUCAAGUCAAAGUGGCAGUUAAGUCAAUCCCCUUUCCCUAUGUUUCAGUAAAUGUGUGGGGAUUUACUGGAACCUUCCCUUGGACUGUUUGAGGGAACGUCGAAAGACACUUUUCGCUAUUUUGUUUCACUUGCCAACACUUGUGCAUGUUUCCGAACACUUAGUGGUUAAUAAUCUACCAUUAUUAGACCUACAUCCGCCACAACACAAUUUUUAACAAGAAAAACAAAACUGCUGAAGUGACGCUUCCCGUACGCUUCCCGUUGUUACGCACGUGACUGGAAAUGGAAGUAAUAUUUCCGGUGUCAGUGUUUCCUGAAGUUCUGGACAAUAGGACAGAUCUCUCCCAGGUUAGCCUUGAAGAUCCACUCUAGAGUGGAUGGGCAACUUUUAGACAAGCCAGCUCCGUCAUCGACAGUUUGAGCUUUGAGUGUCAUUAAUGAAGCUAAUAUUUUUUACAUUUGUUUUAAUAAGAAAAUAUGCAUACAUGAGUUAAACUACAUAAUUGUUGUUUACCGGGUCGACGACUCCUACAUUUGUAGUUAUAUUUUAUCGUAACAGAUAAUAAAGUUAACUGUAUUAUAUGAAGGAAAUCCACAGCUAUAGUACGUAAUACGUAUGUGUUUCUAAUUUGUUCAUAAGUUUUAAAAGUUUUAAGUAGGUACCUAUUAAAUAUAAAACUGCGACGAAUC